UUCUCUCCCUGUCCAGAAAAGCUUGCACCAAAUCACAGGAGCCAGGUUUACCUGCGGGCCCAGCGGUGCACCUGUCGCGCAAACUCGCCUCUCCUGCGCGGAUUUAUCUGCCGAUCGAUCAUGUGCCAAUGAUACCCGCCUAGCCGUAGACUGCAAUCAACUGAUCAGUAAGCAUGAAGAGGGGACCGCUGAACUUUUUGGGUCGAAAGAACCAAUCUCUGUUCGACACCAAUAUCAAAAUGAAGGACAUGGAUAAUGUGGAGUUGGUGCUGGGGUCCUCUGCAAUCCCUGAGUCGGGGACGGCCAGCGUGCGAGCCAGACCCACAGUCAAGCAUCACUCUUCCUCGUCUGACAGUUUUCAAGGAUUUGCCGUCCCAACACCCAAAGUCCCUCUGCUCCCCCCAGUCAAUGGGGCAAAGAUCAACGGUUCAGCUCUUGGAAGUCACUUGUCCAAUGGAUCUGUUAUAUCUGUGCCUGACCUUGUGGAAGGGGAAAUUUUUGUUCCUCCUCCUCCCUCCACAGCACCUCCUCCCCCUCCUGGGACUUUCAUCCCUCCACCAGACUUCUUGGGCGAUUUGAACACUCUAGACCCGGCAGUCCUUCAGCCUCCUCCCAUGCCUGCACCAAAACCCCCUUCACUAGCCCCGUCCAUGGAGGAAGAGGAUUAUUCCUUCCUAAAACCGCCACCAAUGGCUCCACCAAAGCCUCCAUCUACUUGCUCUUCAGGGUCUUCAUCAUCCAUACCCAUUUCUACUCCAUCACCAGCCAUGGUUCCUGAACAUCCAAGUUUUGCUCCACCACAGCCCCCUACUGAAAAGCAAAACAAGACUCACAAGGUGCCACCCCCCAAGCCCAUUAGAUGGGCUUCCGUAUCCAGCAUUGAUUCCCCACCAGAGUCUCCUGCACCACCUCCCCCUGUUCAGACUCCCACAUUAUCCACCUUCAAUCCCCAAAACACAGCAAAGCUGUAUAAUGCUCCUAAGACCUCAAUUCUCAGUGGGUAUGAGGACCGCGACACAAGACGUAAGCAGAUGUUGGUUCUGGAAGACUCUGGGUCUGUUAACUCCGUGCUCGUCCAGGUGGAUGGGAAAGCCUCUAAAGUGUCUACACCUACUAAACCAGUGUCCAAAGAUGUACAGGAAAUAAAGGAGAACUUACAAAACACUGGGUCUGUUAACUCCGUGCUCGUCCAGGUAGAUGGGAAAGCCUCUAAAGUGUCUACACCUACUAAACCAGUGUCCAAAGAUGUACAGGAAAUAAAGGAGAACUUACAAAACACUGGGUCUUUUAACUCCGUGCUCGUCCAGGUAGAUGGGAAAGCCUCUAAAGUGUCUACACCUACUAAACCAGUGUCCAAAGAUGUACAAGAAAUAAAGGAGAACUUACAAAACACCCAACCCCCUCAGGCAACCGUAUCUGAGACUAAAAAGGAGACUAAAACAGAGACGGUUUCAGUACAGCCAGAAAUACCCAAACCAGUCCAGUCUCAACCUCAGAAGUCUCCUCAGCUUAUUGCUCAGGUAAAUCCAGAGCCCAUCAAGAACAAAAUUGAUGAAUCUACAAGUGCAGGCCGCAGAUACAGUCCAUUAUUGGAUCGUAAACUACGCAACCUGAAGGCUGGUGAAACCAGUGGGGCAAAAGACGGACAUGCAGCCUCUCCACUGGCUCUUUUAAUGGCAGCAAAGGAAAGAGACAAACACAGAUCGACUCAUCACUCUCUGUCGCGGGAAGACAGUGCCAAGAAGAACGAGCUGGCGACUGCAAGCAUCCACCCGAAUGACUCGAGUCCCAAUUCCUUUGUUGUGAUCCCGAGGUCAGGUUCAUCAUCUUCUCUAACAUCUACAGAAGAAAGGCUACAGGCGAGCGUGAAACCUGCUAGGUCUUUGGAAAAUACACACACUGUUCAGACUCCAGAGAAAUCCAGAAGUCCUGAACUGAUAAAGGAACAGACACCAUCUACCAAUCCAGUUCUCAGUAGGAUCACAGCAGCAACAUCUCCAACGAGGAACCUGACUGAGCAGAAACAAAAGUCAGAACAAAGUCUCUCAAAGUCCCAGAGUGUUCAGCCUGAGGUUAAUAAGGAGGAGUUAAAUUUGACAUUACUCCCUCCACCGCCAGAGUUCGACGAUUUAGAUGACUUUAUGGAGCCGCCGCCGUCCAUCCUUCCUCCUGACCCUCCCAUGAAAAAGGCCCCAACACCAACUGUGAGCCCUCUCACUCCAGCUCCAGUUCCAUCUCCUCCUCCAAAUCCUCCAAAACCUCCACCCCCUGUACCUCCCAAACUCCCACCUCCUGACUUCGAUGUCAAACCAAAGCCACAAGUCCAAACAAAGCCCAAGCCUGCCCCCACUCAGCUACCAUCCAACCUUACACCCAGUCAGUCCACUCUUCUGAGCAUCUUACAAAAGAAGAUGCUAGAAAUGGACCACAAAAUGAGCCCAGUGAAGGAUGCAGAGCCUGGUUCUGAUGACUGGGGCUCCCCUUUGUCUGAGGAGGACAGUAAAAUCCCUGUUGUACCCAAAGCCAAACCACAGACCAAAAGUUUCCCUGUUGUCAACAAGGCUGCAACCUUGGACAUGAGGGAGUUAGAGAAAAAAGUGGCCCAAAAAUAUCAGGACACUUCACCAAUCAAAGCUCCUACUAGCAACGGACCACAGUCAAAGCAUCAGUAUGGUAUGACUUUCACAGUUCGGCCUGGAACCAAACAGCCCAUUACUCUUGCUAGUAAAGGGGAUCCAUAGUUCUGUGGAAACUGGACAAAUCUGUUGUAUAAAGCGCACAUUGAUUGCUUUUUUUAUACAUUAGCAGGAAUUUGAAUGGCAGGGUGAAGGCACUUUGAAUAAAUCAGUUACACAAAUAUGGAAAAAAUGUCUCAUAAGAAAGAUUUGCUCAGUUAUGAAUUAUUGAGCACACUCUGUCAAAGCCUUCUCUUUUACAGUUUUAUAUUGUACAUUUUUUUAAGUAUCACAAACAGGUGGACUAUUUUUAAAGAUUUUUUAUUUUUUUGCUGCUGCUGCUACUUUUUCCAGCAUAGAACUAUAUGUUGUACAUGUUGCCUUUUAACCACGGCUUUUAAUCAGUCUUAAUUCCACUUGGGUAAUGUAGAACAUAAAGUUUUGCAUGUAAAAUACAAGAUAUUUGUUGUUCAUGUUAUUUCACUGUUACAUGUACAUGAUGUAGGUCGACUGGAGCGAAACCAACAGUUAAUCAGAU